AUGGCCAUAAGCAUCGACGUCUCUGCGCUGCUCGACGGGACCGACUCCGCCGAGAACAAGCCGCCCAACCCAUCCGACAUGUCGGGCAGCUUGGCAUUUCCCAGCCGGGCGGUGGCCAACAUGAUGCGGCGAUGGAAUUACCGGGAAGGCUCAGGCCUCGGCGCGCAGGGGCAAGGAAUCGUCCUGCCUAUACAGGCCGUCGUGCGGGUGCGGCGGCGUCCAAGGGCCGGCCUCGGCUACCGUGAGAAACCAUACGACAAUGGUCUCCACGUGCCGCCGGAGCCACCCGUGGAUGAGGAGUGCCGCGAGUGGGAGGAUAUUGCACGGGCCAUGCGGCUCGAAACCGAGUGCUGCGAGACGAUCCUCGCGCUCCUGCAUGACAUGAGGCUUCAAGGGGACGACCGCGUGGAGACGGCGGAUGCGCUCAAGGCCGUGGCUAAGUCCAAGAAGGGGCUCCAUGGGAAGUGUGUGCCAGGGACGUUCAAAGCCGGGCUGCCUCCUUCCGCCGCGCGCUACAUAAUCGAGCAGGUGAUCAUGCCGAGGAUGGUCGCCGGCGUGCGAGAGUGGAAGCCGUCGUCAUGGGAUCCGGACUGUGGCGACUGGCUACGCCCGUGGAUUCCCCUCAUCGGACACUUGCCAGAGAGCCUCUACGGCAUCGUGGAGAGCAAGAUCAGCAACCGUGGUUACGAAGUCGUAUCGCCAUGGAAGGGAUACCUUAGCCCGGUGCAAUGGGACACCUUCAGCAAACGUGACAUCCUGCCAUAUCUAACACGGUUAGUACGGGAGAUGAGGAUCACGCCGCCCAAGCAGACGGACCCUUCGUUCCGGACCGUGAUGUUGUGGGCACCUCUGAUGCGCGCUCAAGACGUGGUGUCGAUCCUUGAAGCCGAACAUUUCUUUGACAAGUGGGAAGACGCGUUGCGACACUGGCUGCAAGCCGCCAAGCCCUCGUUGGGGGAGGCCACCGCAUGGUGCACCGGCUGGAAGAAGCUCUUCACGCCGGAGCUGCUCGCCGACCAAAGUGUGCUCGCGCAUCUUGAUGCUGGCCUUGAUAUGGUCGAUCCUGUAAUGCAAGACCUCGACAGUCUUUUUAGCAAGUUGUAGUCUGCAUCUACUGUAAUUUGUCUUGCAUGACAAUUUG